AUGGAAAAGGAUACUAAGGCCCUCGACGCCCCAAAAGAGUACAUCUCGAGCCUGCCCAGCAAGAAUGUGAGGGCAAUGCUCCUUUCGGCUCUCAAUGUCUGGUUUCAUUUGUCGGCAGCGCAGCUCGCAGGCCUAACAGAGAUCAUCAGUCAGCUCCACAAUGCCUCGCUCAUCUUGGACGAUAUCCAGGACCAAUCUCCCAUGCGCCGAGGACAGCCCUCCACUCACAUGGUCUUUGGAGUUGGCCUGUCCACUAACACCGCGACGUUCAUGAUUGUUGAGACUCUCCGUAAGGUCGACCUUUUGGUUCCUCAAUCCCAUCAAGCCCAAGAGAUCAUGCAUACAGGCCUUAAAACCUUAUUCACGGGCCAAUCCUGGGACCUUUACUGGAAGAGCGAGAAUCAUUGCCCAACGCGCGAGCAAUACCUGGAGAUGGUCGCCGGCAAGACCGGAGCUCUAUUCCAGCUAGUGGCGAGACUGAUGUUCUGCCUUGCCGGCUCGGAGUCUGCGUCGUUGAUAGAAGCAUGUGAUGCCUUCAUGCACGAUCUCGGGGUAUACUUCCAAGUCCGCGAUGACCACCGCAACCUCCAGGAUGCAUCCUACACGGCCCAGAAAGGAUUUUGCGAGGAUCUCGACGAAGGCAAGUUUUCAUACCCUGUGGUGCUGUGCUGCGAGAUCAAUUACCUGUUCAAGAAGCCCAUUCUGGAGCUGUUUGGCGGGCUCAAGCACAGGAAGGGGGGAAUGGAGCCGGAAGACAAACGGAAGGUUUUGGCGAUGUUGGAUAAGUCCGGAGCGAUGGAAGCGACGGAAAUCGCCAUCAAGGCGUGGGAGGACAAGUUGCUGAAGAUGGUCGCGGAGCUGGAGAAACAGUUUGGAUGCUCCAACCCCGCGCUGAGGGAGAUCUUGGAGAAAUUGGCUGCGUAG